AUGUUGUUUUCACCAACUUUGUUAGGUGUUUUGAUUACUUAUGACAAUUCACAACAAAGAGAUCAAGUACUAAUGUUGUCUUUCUCGAUGGAAAAUCUUUGGAAUCGUUCGCUUGUGAAGACCUCACAAGAUGUCCGUGAAAUAAAUGAAAAUUCUUUGGAAUUUAUUCACAAUCAAUACUUACUCUUAACACUUUAA